AUGGCACCACUGAACCAGGCGGCUUGGAUCCCCGCGAAAAAAGUCCUUCCAUUUAAGGUCGCCAACGCGCCCUACACCCGACCUGGCUCGGGCCAGGUCGUAGUCAAGAACUCCGCUGUGGCCAUUAACCCUUUCGACUGGGUGUUGCAGUACAUUGGCCCAGCGCUUGCUGGUUAUAUCAGUUAUCCAUUCAUCUUUGGUACUGAUGUCGCUGGUGAAGUUGUCGAGGUCGGCCCCGAUGUGGAUCGUUUCCGCGUGGGCGAUCGAGUCUGCGGUAGUGCUGUGGCCAUUGCAAAAGAGGUCAACCGCCCGGCCGAGGGAGCUUUCCAGCUCUAUACAGUAAUGCGACAGAAUAUGUUGACGCCAAUCCCACCCAGCAUUACUAACGAACAGGCCUGUGUCUUGGGACUAGGCCUCGGAACUGCGGCGUACGGCCUCUUCCAUCCGGGCUAUCUGGGCCUCGAUAUGCCCAAGUUCCCAGUAACCCCUAAAGCUGUGGGCAAGUCAGGCUCGCCACGAACUGUCAUCAUCACUGGCGGUGCUUCGAGUGUUGGUAGCAACGCCGUCCAGCUUGCUGUGGCCGCUGGCUACCAAGUCCUGUCUACGUCGUCUCCUAAGAACUUUGACUAUGUCAAGGGUCUCGGUGCCGCUCAAGUCUUUGACUACAAGAGCAAAACGUUGGUCAAGGACCUCCUCGGCGCUCUGAAAGGCCACGAGCUAGUCGGUGCCUACACAAUUGGCAAUGGUGCUGUCGAAGCAUGCACCGCGGUUAUGAAGAAACAUGACCCCAAACUCACCCGGAAAUUCAUUGCCGUGGCCGGCGCCAUCAUACCUGCGAAGAAGCUCACCACGUUUGUUGGAAAAGGCACGUACUUGAUGGGCAUGAUGGGCGGCAUGAUUAAAUCGACUGGGACGCGCAUCAGGACCGGAGUGGAAGCCAAAUUCAUCCUUGUCGAUGGUCUAGUUGAUCCCAAUAGCGUCGUAUCUCAUAUCUACACGAGUUUCCUGCCUUGGGCACUUGAACAAGGCCAGUUUGUACCCGCUCCUCCUCCGUAUGUGGUGGGAAAGGGGCUGGACAAGAUCCAAGAGGGUCUACAUCUCCAGAGAAACGGUGUCUCGGGAAAGAAGCUUGUCGUGACGCUGUAG